CCUUGAACACCGACUCUAAUAACACUCCUUUAAAUGCACUUUCUCUUUACGCCCAACCACAUCCAGCUGCUGAGCUCAUGCUAUCCCCCGACCUCUGCCCUCCUCACAGCGGGUCCAGCCUAUGCUCCCAGUGCCCAUGAACUCAGUCGACUCACCUAUUAUGCAUCCAAUCACCCUGGUAAACUGACCAAACUAGGAGCUGAAAUUGAGAAGCGAGUUCGAACUGAGGCUAGGAAGGCCAAGGCAGGAAACCUCAGGGCAAGAGCUACCCUGCUUAUAACGUUCGCCAUCUUCCGUGCUCUGGCCACGGAAUGCCGACGAGACAUUGCUCUCAUUUCUCCCGCCUUAAUUGCUUCGAUUGAUGUCGCCCUCGCCGCCACACCUCAAGAUCUCGAAGUCGUUGCAAGAAUCGCCAGUGUGUUUACUGCCUGGACAACUUAUACCAACGGCCAGUUGAUUGGGACUGACCAUGUCCUCACUCAAAACUAUCUAUCCGUUCUGCGGCAAUUUGCCGAACUUAGUUGUAGCAAGUCAAUGGAUUCUGAGACAAGGAAUAGGACACGUUUGAUUGGCCUUGCAGCAAUCACCGGCGCCCUUAACUCUGAAGCUCUCUAUAAUGAUUCUCGACAAUUCAAAGCACAAAUCAUAGUCCUUAUGCGACCCAUUCUUCUUUCUUUAUUCGAAACGAACCUAUCUACCCUCGACGAGCAAUCUACCGCAGCAAGGGAUACUCCAAGCUCUCCGUAUCUAGCAGAGUUUAGGACACGACCGGCCCUGGAACGACGAGCGGCAUCCAUACACCUUCACAUUGAUGGCGACAAAGGCCCAUCCUCUACGGACGUUUCUGACGCUUGUUUGCGCGCGCUGUUCUCUCUGUUGGAACACGCAGGCGGUGUGCAGCUCGGACACAUCAUGCAAUCCUCUUUUGACAACCUCGAUGCCAUUGAUGGGUGGAAAGCCCUUGAUCACUGUUGUUGGUACGCCAAGAAGCUGGUUGAAUGGGCACAAUAUCAGUACCGCUUCGUGGUGCCCACAUGGCUGGUGGACAAGCUUCUGGAAAACCAGGACGCCCAUGGACCCGAUCCACUUCAGCUUGCGUUGGCGUCUAUGGUCGAAGUUAUUAACCGUAUCGUCAUGAUAGAAGUUCAAGGCCCCAGAGAAGAUGGAAAAGUGCCGAAAGGUCGCUCCUCGGCCCUUUGUCACUUGCUGAAGGCACUCAAAGAUCUCAUCCGCAUGGCCAACGAACACGAGGCGAUGACGGUUCCCGGGCCUAUGAGGACGUCAAGAGAAAGGUCGCGCUCUCCGCCACCUCGUAUUGAGGCUCAGAAGCCUGAGCUGACGGUGAUUGCACCGCGAAGAACGCGGGUCUCGCCUGAGCUGUGGCAAGACACGCUCAGCUUGAUCUGCGACAGGGACCUCGAAGUCAGGAAGGAGUACAGUGACACUUUGGUCUAUUACCUCACUGAGGAAAUGCCCAAGGUCGGAGAACUUCUAGAUGCCGAUGGUGUUCGAAGAGUCCCCAAACUCUCGGAAGGCGCAAUGCUUCAAGUCGCGAACGUCAACCUUUUCCUCAAUUCGGGGGAUGUCGGCAGUCAGUUCCUCGACGCAUUACAUGCGUACGCAUUCAUUCUUGCCAUCAACACUACUCCAGGGUUAAACCUCCCUUCGCAAUCACCCGAACAAUUGGAUUCCGCUGGACCAUCGAGUGAAGACAGGACAAGUUCAGAGGAAAGGAGGCGCUCGAUGUCGAUAUCAGGUCGACCGCGAGCAAGGAAGGCAUCUCUGCAGCGUCGCCUAACUCUGGAUCCAGUAUCGCUUCCUGUCCCUCCACUUGGAUGGGAGGCCGACUAUGCAAGUCUCCGAACAAUACUUCAAACUGUCCAAAAUCAAUUGCCUAUUAGAGGUCUUCUGACUGGCGUCCCUAUGCUUGCCCGGCUUAGCAAUUCCAUUGCCAAUUCACCGACAUCCACACUCGCAGGCCCUUUGAGCGCCAUCAUCGUUGAACUUUGGAAGACAAUCGGGGAGAUCUGGGAGUCCAAGGAACUGGUCGAAUUUGCGGAGAGGGUUUUAAGUGGUGGUACCGUUCCCCGGGAAGUGGACAGUGCAAAUGUGCUUCAACUUUUGGCGGAUUGUGUGCAUGUCCAAGCAGCAUUGGGUACGGACGCGGCUGAAAUUCUCCGCCGGUUGUCCGUUCAUUGGACGCCCAAAGGCGCUCUUUAUGGAUUUACUGAGAGGACCACGCAAGCAUUCGACGCGACCGUCCGAGGCGACAAUCUCUCGCCACUUCUGAAGCUUUCUCCUGCUUUGAUGCAGAUCGAAAACCUUUCACUACAAAGUCUGGCCAAGUCUACGAGGGGCCUGGGAGUAUCCGACCUCCGGGAGGCUCUGGAAGGGAGGAACAAUAUGUCCAAUCCAGCUUUGGCCAAAGCAGCCUCUAUAUCCACAUACGACUACACUUCCUCGAUGACAGGCGGUGAUGUGCUGAGCGGUUUGGGACUUACGCCAACACGCUCGAGGACUAAAGCGAGCCCUCGAAAAGCGUCUGCGACCAGCGGCGAUGUUAAAGACGUGCUGUCCAAGCUUGGGAUUGGCAAGCAGAGCAACACUCGGCUCAAAACUCCUUUCCAAUCGGUUGCACAGAAAAUGGAUAGUUAA